UUGAUACACACGGGAAACUGUUGAGCUUGAAAAACCCUGGAGCGUUGCAGUUCUUAACACACUCAAACCGGUGCGCCUGGCACCUUACCACCAUACUCAGUUCAAAGGCACUUAGACAUUUUCUCUUGCCCACUCACACUCUGAAUGGCACUCAGUCUAAGUCAUGGAACGAGCAGGGGUUCCUAAUGUUUUGUACACUCAGUGUAUGCGAUCAUAUCCCAAUGUAAUCAAGGUUUGAAAUUAUUUUAUUUUUGUCAAAUACUGUAUCUAUUUGGGCUACUUGAGGUCACUUUGCAGAGUACAAAUGAAUUAUAAUUAUGUUUCGGGACCCCCGACCAUCCGCUCAUGAAGAAAUUCAGCCCAUGGCUUAAUGUAAUUUGGGACCCUUGCUAUAGUGCAUAGAGAGGAUGAGGAUAUGCUUUCCAAGCUCAGUCUGACUGUACUAGACCUUAAUGACCAUGGCCUGGUGAGGCCCAACUCAACACUGUCUUUCUAACCUAAUGUACUUCCAUCAACAGCUGGAAAUGAUGACCAGAAGCCAUCUGCACGGCUCUUUCCACCAAGCCCACUCAUGCGGUUUACUAUGAAUCACAUCGUUGUCUCCAUUAAUGAUAAAAAUAUAUGUAUUUGUUUUUCUCAGGAAGUCACCACCCAAUUCAUUCACUUCAAGUGAGAGCCUCAAGGUCUGUUUAUGUCUACUGAUAAUGCGUUUGUUUUUACCGUGCCUCUUGAGGUGGGCUAGAAGGGAUGGAUUUUUCUCUGCUGUAAAUAGACAGAUUAUUGUUUUGAGGUGAUCAAACAGGUCCCCGUGUUUAAAUGGUUAUGCUUCCACAGAAUGUCUGAAGCUUGUUUUUGGUGGAUUUCAAUUUCUUCUAAUAGGAAUAUAUUUGAACACACGGACCUGUUUCAUCACCUCAAAACAAUACUCUGUCAAUUUACAGCAGAGAAAAAAAAAAUAUCAAUGAUAAUAAAUAGAAAAUAGGACAAUAAUUGGUUUUGAAUAAACACAUUCACAAGCCAUUUUUUAGCACAUUUUCGCCAUGAAGAGACCCUGAAAGGAUUCAGGAAGGAGGCAAUUAGGCAGCAACUCCUUCUCACAACGCAUUGGAGGAAAGGGUCAGAGGUUCCUCCCCUUGGACCGUCUCCUCCGAUGCGUUUUGAGAAGGAAGCGAGGAACGGGAAUGCGAAAAGGAAGUACAAUUUAAGAUGCACCAUUCAGGAAGUUCUGUUUAAGUAAUCAGAUAAUGUCUUUAUCAAGUGGUCAUAUGUGGUACUGUCUGAUGACUUGUGACCAAUCUGAAUUUCUAUGGGUAAAUACAGUAUGAGAACAAUGUUCAUACAUUUCCCCUCUGCACCUCUAAGUAGAUCUCAGAGCUAACCCCUGACCUAUAAGAGAUGGAUGGAUGGGACAAGCCUGUAGGGGCCAUGAUGUCCGAAGACAAUGGCAGCACCCCCACAUCACCUCUGGUCAACCAGUCCUGUGCGGACCGGAAGUGCUAUAUGGUUCUGCAUGAGGCGGAGAAGACAGCCAUCAGCUCCAUCUGUUUCCUGGCCGGACCCUUCACUUUCCUGGAGAAUGCGUUGGUCCUGGGUGUGAUCGCCGCCACCGCCACCCUGCGCCAGCGUCCCUCCUACCUUUUCAUUGGCAGCCUGGCCCUGGCCGACGUCUUUGCCAGCUGCUUCUUCACCACCAGCUUCCUGGACUUCCACCUGUUCCACCGCCUUGACGGCCCCAACGCCUACCUCUUCAAGCUGGGCGGGGUGACGAUGGCGUUCACCGGCUCGGUGGGUAGUCUUCUGUUGACUGCUCUGGACCGCUAUCUGUGUAUACAUCAGGCGUUGAGUUAUAAAGUGGUGUUGACGCGCCGCAGGGCCCUGUUGGCUCUCCUUGCCCUGUGGAGCGCCACCAUCCUCAUCUCCUUCCUCCCUCUGAUGGGCUGGAGGUGCCCCACAGAGCUCAGCCCGCCCUGCUCGCGCCUCUUCCCAUACAUCGACCACCGCUACCUGGCCUGCUGGGUCAGCUUCAUCCUGGUGCUGCUGUCACUCAUCCUGGGCGCCUACGCCCUGAUCCUGUGGAGGGCCAAUCGGCAUGAGGCAUCCAUGACUGGCCACCAGAGGGUGCCUACCCGUGGUCAGGCCCGCAUGCGACUGGACAUUCGGUUGGCACGUACCCUGGGCCUGAUUCUGCUCAUCAUGGUGGGCUGUUGGCUGCCGACCCUCUCCUUCAUGCUGGCAGACGUCUCGGUGCAGCUCGUGCGCAUUCAGCAGAGGGCCUUUGCUUUCUGCAGCACCAUGUGCCUGGUCAACUCAGCCGUCAACCCACUGCUGUAUGCCCUGCGCUGCCGGGAGCUGAGGUUGGCACUGAUGCGGCUAUUGGGGCGCCUGAGUGACAGGCUGGGGUGCUGCCAGAGGCACGUAGGGGGAGACACGACCACUGCCCUUCCCUUAGGCGAGAGCAACAGCUGUAGCGCUCACUCCGAGAGUGAGGCGCCCAGACUCGUUAGCUGCCGACCGAACACAGUCUCAGAAAUGGUUGGCAAGCAGCAGCUGGACAUGACUGGAAUAUGAGAAGGGUUGAGAGGCUUACCAUAUAUCAGGGUUAUAGCAGUGUUGUGAACUUGUGUUUCUUCUGUUGUGUUCAUAGCGAUAAGGAGGUAAUGUCUCUAAAAUGAACUGUGAUAACAGGGACAAAAACAAAGAUAUCGACCAUGUUACCAUAAAUUGUGCUGACCCACCUACAAGCCAAGUCAAUCAGAGAUAAUAUAAUUUUAUUAUUUGUCCAAGGUACAUGAUAGAUUUAUUAUUAUAUAUGUUUUUACAAUGUGAAAUAUCCCAAAUGAACACCUUUGGGAAAACAACAGCAUUGUUGGGGUUGGCAGUGUAAAUGUAGAUAGCUAUGCUACCCUAUGCUUGUUUUCGCUUGAGUGUCUGUCCUUUAGCGUCCAGAAGAGGAUCCUGACGGGUUCCCAUCUGCACAUAAAUACCUGUCCUGAAUAGAGGCCCUGUGGUUGUAAACAAUGUCCUCCACAUUGUGACUGCAAGCAGUGUUGAGAUCAGAGGUGUAGGAAAGGUAGAGCCUGGGUGGGUCCAAUCAGAACAAAAAAGUCCACUCAGAUUUUGUAUUAUUUAUUUUAAAAAUGUAUGUUUUUUUAUGCUCUUUUCUCAGUGUUCCAAAUGGAACAUAGUGUUUGCAUAUUUAGGUAAAAAGACAAUCAGAAUUCAUAGCAAGCAGUACACUGGGUUAGUCAGAUUUGAUUAAAUAUAACGGAACAGAUGACAUGGAAUGACAUCACAUGCCAACAAGAACUGAAAGCCACACCCCCAAUGAGCAACGAAUAUGACUGCAUUGAGGCAUAUGUCACUGUGCUUCUAUGGCUACAUGCACCAUGCCACUACCUAUUUCAUUUGUUCAUUUAGCAAACAAGACAGCUCAUAAUCCAGUGCCUUUAUUACAGUCAACACACCUAUAUGUUAGCUUUAAAAAUCCUACAUUUUCUCUCAGCUUCAUGGCAAAAUGUGUAGAAUAGCAUGAGAUGAGCUAAAAAAAACUGCACAUGUUCCUCUCUAUCCUAUGGCAAAAUGUGUAGAAUUGCAGGAAAUUUUCUUUAAAACAGCAACAUGCCAAAAUGUGUAGAAUAGCAUGAGAUUAGCUAUAAACUGCACAUUUGUCUCUGUUCCAUGGCAAAAUGUAUAAAAUAAAAUUGGGGGCCCAGACCAAUUUCUGCAGGCCCACCCAACAACAAAUUUCUGGCUAAGCCACUGGUCGAGAUAAGUGGGGCACAGGUCAGCAAGAUAGAGUCACACAACACAGAGACUAGAACACUUUUUUCUAUAGAACACUACAAAUGGCAACUACAGUUCACAAGUAAUUUCAGUAGAUCGAUCACAAAACAAUCGAACACAAAGGUAGAUGUUUUGUCUUGUAGAUAGUCUAAGUAAAAUAAAAUCAAAAUAACAUUUGAACGGUUUUUGCUUACUUACGGGUCCUUUUCCAACAAUGCAGUUUCUUUUUUUAUUUGUAUUUAUUUUAUUGAUACGAGAAAUAAAUACGCAGUGAA